GCUGUAACCUAAUCUGAGGCGGUUGUCAUGGCGAACGCGGAGGCCUAUCGUAUGCCAGUCUAAAGAUCAAAUUAUACCCUCCUGGCGUUAUCGCUCGCUCGCAACGCCUCGCCGUUCGUCAAGGCAAGGACCGUUGCAGUCGACGUCCGGCCAGAAUACAUUUUUCGUCAUGAUGUCUACUUGGGUAACAGGCGCCACGUUAUGGAGCCUCGUUCUUUUUUCCGGUGUUCGGGGCAACAUUUUGACCGAUUUGCUGACUGGUGCAAAAUCCCAAGACGUUAACAACACUGUAACUCAGAGCACUCCGGGCCCGUUUCUUACGACCCCGGGAAAUAUGUGCACUUCCUACCAGUGUGGUUGCUAUAAAGGAGAGCCACCGAAGAAGAUCGACUGCUCUUACAGAAAGAUCAGCAUACUGAACCGGCUCGCGCUGCCUCGUGAAGUUUACGAAAUCAGCUUGUCCGGAAAUAAUCUUUCCAAGAUCUUCGACACGUACUUCUACGCCGGGCCUGGACUGCACGUACUAGAUCUGUCCCACAAUCCCAUCGACUUCGUGGCCAUCACGUCGUUCCAGAUGUUCACGCAGCUCAACAGACUAUCGUUGUCUCACAACAGGCUGACGUCUCUGGACGAGCAAGUCUUCAGAGGACUUGGCCAGCUGCAGUCUCUCGACCUCAGCUACAACAGGCUGUCUUCCUUGUACCCCAAAGAUUUCGACUACCUCGAGAACCUCAACGAGCUCAACUUGGCACACAACCCGCUGCUCGAAUUCAACGGAAACGCGUUCAGCAAGCUGACAUCCCUCAACAAGCUCAACAUUCAAAGCACCGGCAUCACGAGCUUCAGGAAGACCGAUUUCGACAGCCUGACUAACUUAAAGUGGCUGGACAUCAGCGGCAACGGGUUCCAGAACGUGCCGCUCAAGGGCCUUCACAAGCUGAGUCAGUUAAGUUACCUGGACCUGAGCCGGAACCCGAUUCGAACGAUCCCACCGUACAGCUUUUACAACCUGACGUCGCUGAGGAGCCUCAUCCUGAGGUACAUGGUCGACUUGGUCAGCGUCGAAGCCCACGCCUUCGGCGACGUGGCGAGUCUGAAGAUCGUGGACUUCAGCUUCAGUCACAUGCUUGCCAGAAUAGACGCGAAAGCCUUCGCGCUCAACUCUUCGGAUGCCAAGAUUGAGCUGGACGAGUUCUACGCGCGUCAGACGGCCCUGGAGACACUGUCUCAGUUCCUCCUCAACUGGGACUACGUGAACAAAGUGGAUUUCGGCGAGAACAACUGGAGGUGCGACUGCUUGCUCGAGUGGAUGCCGCACAUCGUGCGAAGAGAUGCACUGGACGGAAAACUGAGGUGCGGCAGCCCGAAAAGUCUCGAAGGGCGGCUGAUCGUGAAGCUGAACCCGGGAGACUUCCAGUGCUUGGACAGCGUAUCCCUGGACCACCCGAGCUGGAGGGAGGUCAACGUAGCCAUGAAGGUGGCCCUGGGUCUCCUUAUCACCAUCACCAUCGCCCUGGCCGCGGUCAUUUUGACCCUCCUGUUCUUCAGGAUCCGCGCCCAGCCCCACAUGUACAGGAGCCUCAAGCAGAGAUUGGGAUAUGCAACCGAAGACUAAAUGCAGCUCCGCCACCUUUUUCCUACGAACUCGACCAGCUCCGUCUCUGUUGAACUUUGGUUUCGGAAGAAAACGAUUGAAUUUGACACACCCACCAUCGCGGUGGGAGUGCUAAGUUGACAAGGUGGUGGAAGCUACAUGCUCGCCAGUGUAAUCAAUCGCCUGCCUUUAAUAGACGAAACCCGCCCUUUUUCUCUCUUCGCCUUGCGAAUGUGUGCAGAGAGCGAGAUCACGUGGUCUGAACAGACGUGGUGCAGAAACUAACGAGCAAGUAGAUACCACCGCCCUGUCAGUUUAGCACUGAACGAUGUACAGUUUGGGCCUCGUGGCAAGUGACGUGGUCGUAUGUAUCGAGUGGAGUGUGUGCACAACAAUGCGUUCGACCUUUUUUUUUUUU